AUGGCGCCCUCCUCAUUAACAGAACCAGACGCAGCAGUAGCGGUAUCAUCAGAGUCCUCCACCCGCGACCGCUUCUACUCCAUCCUCCGAAAACCAGCAUCGAACCUCGCCCUCCGAAUCUCAGACCUUGAUCGAUACCGCCUCAACAUGUGGGAGGUCAGUUGGGCAGCUCCCAAGGAGUCGCGAAAGGAACACCAGGUUUGCCUUGGGGAUAACACGCUUCUUGAGCCGCCUUCACCAACACUCACAUCAUCAUCUGCGCCGUGGGAUACAGAAACCCUUGAGCGAGUCAUCAUUCAACCAUGGCCACUCAUUCAAGCUUUGGGCGACGACUCGUUUGUCGCGCGAAGUACAGAAGCGACGACAUCUCCACGCACAUCCUACGAUACGCCGUAUCUCAUCAAUUGCGGUGUUACCAUAAUGGCGACGCCGAACAUCAAGUCUAAGCAUCGCGCCCGCUCACCAAGCACUCAAUCGCAACCUCAACGUCCACAGAGCAGUCGAUCACCAGGCAAAGCCAAGACCCCACGACGCAUGCCAUCAUCCACAGCAUCUCUACGCGUCGAAAGCAGCGACACUUGGCAGCCUCCAAGUGAAUGGGCAUGCACGCCCACAGAGCCCUCAUUCCAAUUCCCAGAUGAACCUGUCUCUGAACCAGAAGCUACCAUCCCCAAGGAACUCAACGCGAUGCAGUUGGGUGUCAAGCAACUUGCCAAAGAGGACAAUAUGAUCAGACUCGUACGUCUCGCUGAGUCGCAGGGUGUCAGUAAUCCACCGAGUUUAUGUCAGGAUCUGGAGGUUGAGAAGAUGCAGUGGAUGCUCUCUGCUAUGUUCAACAUGGAUGGACCGGAGUAUCCUGAGAUUAAUGAUGAUGAUCUUGAUGAUGAGUCGGUGGAACCGCCGAAGAGGAUCCUCGCUCUUUAUGAAACACCCGCUGUGACUUCAUACCUCGCUGCCGUGAAUCACAGCAAACAAGUCUACCAUCUCUCCGCAGCACCAUUAUCACCCGCUUCAUUCCCCAACAUCCAUCCUGUCCUCACACCAGUGAGAUCACCCUCCGCAUUCCCCGUCGCUCCAUCAACCAUUGAAGCCGUUCACUCACUGCGUCUUCCUCUCGCUAUGCCCUCACAAGACAUCCCAGCUCUCUUACGAAACAUCCAUAGAUGCCUUGAGCCAGGUGGUUCAUUACAACUCACCAUCAUUGAUCCUCUUCCCGUUACUAGCACUCUGGGUCCUCUUCUCAGAGCCUGGAUCGAGGAUCAUCUUCUCUUUAAUCUGGAAGCUAGUUUCCGCUGCACAAACCCAAGCAAAUUACUCCCUCUUUGGCUAAAUGGUGCAUCGCUACGUGUCGAUCCCGAUUCUAUCGAGACGACACAGUUCUUCGCCAUUCCUCUUGACGAUACUCAGCUUCAGUAUGUGAGAGAAGGUCAUAUCUCUGAAGAGGGGAUGAGACAAGAACUUCGUAAUCUUGUGGGCCGUAUGCUCUGGAUGGAAAUUUGGAGAGAAUAUAUCGUCGCUGAUCGUUGGUGGUGGGAAGAUCCUGAUAUUCUUCAAGAGUGCAUCCAGCAUCAGACGAUGUGGGAAUGGAAGUUGAUUGAGGCAGUCAAGGAACCCUAA